AUGGCAAGUCAGCUGAAAUCGCUAGUCCGAAUUGGUUGUCUCACUCAAGGAAUAUCUCUUUUCACAAUGAUUCCUAUCCACCUGAGAAUACUGUGUCUUAUUUUAUUAGGGCGGAUAGACACUGAUGUUAACAAGCUAAACCAUUUCUUUGAUGAAAGUACUAUUAGUUUUGUCCUCAAUGUUCCCAUCUAUCAUAUUAAUAGGGACUGUCUCAUUUGGAGACAUGACCCUUUGGGCAGUCUCACACUCAGCUCCGCCUACCAUCUUGCAAACCCUAAUAACCCCAAUCCCAAUACUUCUAAUGUUGAUGCUCUUAAGCCUUGGUGGAAGUCAUUUUGGUCUUCUAACAUUCCCCCAAAAAUUAGACACUUCAUUUGGAAUGCUUUUAAUCAUCUACUUCCCUCAAAGCUUAACCUUUUCUUUAGGAAAAUUCUUGAUAACCCAUAUUGUUCCAUCUACUUAAAUCAAAUCGACUCUAACACUCACUCCCUUUUGCAUUGUUCCAGGGCAGGUAAGUUUUGGAAACAGUCUAGAUUCUCUUCCUUUUUCUACAAUAAUAAAUAUGGUGAUAUUAAAGAAUUUCUGCUAAGAGGUUAUGAUGAGUUCAACAAAGAUGACUUAGCUGUAUUUUUUGAUAUUUUAUGGGCUAUUUGUAACAAGCGAAAUAAUUUCCUUUCUGCAGAUAACAAGUUCACUGGUUUGGAUGUGGAACCUUCUAUAAUUACUUACUUGCAAAAAUACAAGAGUGCUCAAACAAAGAUUACAUCCUCUCCUACAAAUACUUAG